GGAAUGAAAGUUGUGUUUUGGAAUUGCAUUGCACAUUGGCUGGAUCGGGAUACAAAGCGUGCGGAGCGAGACGGAACGCGGAGGAGAGAGAGCGAGAGAGAGAGAGAGAGAGAGAAAGAGGAAAGGGAGAAGAGAAAAAGAGAAGUCGGGUAGGAGGCAAGGUAGCAAGGCCAAUGUCUGUCCAUAUCCAGAGUGUGCGUGUCCGAAAUGUCUGUCCACAUCCAAACGGUCUGUCCGUAUUCGUAUCCGAGUCCCGCGCAGAUCCCCAUGCUCCCCCCGGCUCCCCCCCGCCUCGAGCCCCGGCGUGGUUCGGAAGAAAGAACGCAGACGUGGUGCUCGCGAAACACCCCGCCCCCGCCCUCCCCCCUAGCACCCCGGCACCCGGCACCAACACCCAACGCCCAGCGACCCACAGCAACGACAUCCCCCUGCAAGCGCGCUUCGAAGUCAAUCAGCGCUCCCGUGUGGGUGGCAGAAACAAAAAGGGAGACCGACCUGCGCACCGUUCGCCCCCGCCUCGCCCCGUCCUGACAGAGCACGACGUCAAGUCGCCUAAGACUCCCCACGCGCGGAUGCGAGCUCUGGCCAGCCCCCACCCGACACGCCGGUCGCCCCAGACACCCCACCGCCCCGCCCCGCCACCACCCCACCCCGCCCUCUCAUUCAUCUGCAUACGCACGCAUACACUGCAUCUGUCCUGUCCUGUCACGCAUGCGCGGGAAAGACCGAAGACGCCCGAACGCCCGAACUCCCCACGCGCAGAUGCAAGCUCUGGCCAGCCCACACCAAACACGCACGUCGCCCCAGACGCCCUACCGCCCUGUCCGCCGUCCUCUUCACCGUGGAGGAGGGGCCGAAGACGCCAACACGCUAGAACUCCCCACGCGCAGAUGCAAGCUCUGGCCAGCCCACACCAUACACGCACGUCGCCCCAGACGCCCUACCGCCCUGUCCGCCGUCCUCUUCACCGUGGAGGAGGGGCCGAAGACGCCAACACACUAGAACUCCCCACGCGCAGAUGCAAGCUCUGGCCAGCCCACACCAAACACGCACGUCGCCCCAGACGCCCUACCGCCCUGUCCGCCGUCCUCUUCACCGUGGAGGAGGGGCCGAAGACGCCCGAACGCCCGAAAGUCCCACGCGCAGAUGCAAGCUCUGGCCAGCCCACACCGUACACGCACGUCGCUCCAACCGCUCUUGCGUUUCAUUGUCCUUCCCCCAGAAAGACUCACAAUCGUGAUCUCGACGCAUCGCUGGGCUUCCCUCGCGCGGGCGCGGACUCUGGCCAGCCCACACCCGACACGAAGCUCGCCCCGGAAGUUUUCUUACCUACCCUACGUCUUCGUGCGACUACACCUGCAUCCACCCCGUCUCCUCAUACGUCCACACUUCAUCCUGUCCUUCGCGGUCGUUCCGGCCCGCCGGAAUGCUAA